AUUUGUCUUCCAUCACGAAGCCAAACCAAAGAAGAAACAACAUGAUCGUCCGUGGGGAAGCAGGCGCCACAGUUUCAUAAAGAACGAAAAGAUAUGGCACAUUUUCGUGGUCAGAUUCGGGGGCCACACUGGGGCGCUAAAAGGGAUAACGUACUAAUAGAUUUCUGGAAAAGGCACGAAUGUUUGUUUAAUUCUUCGCUGGAGUCUUUCUACGACCGGGACAUGAAGACAAAGCUGUGGUCCGAGUGUGCCUUGUUGAUUGGGAAAUCUGUAAGUGAUGUUGUGAGAAGAUCACGGUCCCUGCGGACUCAGUAUGGAAGGGUGUUAUGGCACCCAGAGAGGGUAAUUACUUUUCAGCAAAGGAUGCUGAGAGAGAAACUGGAUUUCCUGAGACCUUACAUUGUACGAAGACGAGGUGAUUCCUAUCCGGAAGACAAGUCUGACGAUCAUGAGGAUGAUGAGGGAGAGAUUGAGACUGAGGGGAGUAAUGACCAUGAGACAGGUACAAGUACGUUUGGGAGCGCAUUGGAUGAUGAUGACGCUGGGCAAGAUCCAAAUGAGGAAUUUCCAUCCGAGGCAUCCACUUCAAACCCUUCUUCCUACGGUGCCAAAAUACAACCUCCUCUUGCAGAAACCAUGUCCUUGAACUUUGAACCUCAUGAUGACAAAGGUUCACCUGAUGUUCCGGAUCAAUUAACAGCAAAUCUAUCUAAUCAGGAUGUAUUAAACCAGUUUGUCAACGUCAUGCUGGCAGAUAUGCGUCAGAUUAAAGACAACAUGGUACUUAUCCGACUUCGAAGAGAUAUCACUGAUCUGGUGUUCAAAGCAGUGGAGGAGGACAUGCAGAGACGUAAUCCAGUGCCCUUUACGCAGCCAGGAGAAACUGCACAACUACCUAGUUCCUCAAGGCCUCAAACAUGCAUGCAGAGGGUAUUGAAGAGAAAGAACUGGGGACCUGUCAAGAACAUGAGGAGGUUUUGCAGAAUCCAAGCAGGUCAAGCGCUUGAGGAGAUGAAUGGAAAUAUCCCUCAGGCUAUGAUUCAGGCUUCAGAGAUCAAAUUAGAAAUAGAUCCACACAUGGUUAAGGCAGAGGAUGAGACACUUACUUAGGACUGAAAUGGAUCCUCGAGCAAUUUGAGUACCUUGAUACAACAACAAAAAAAUGUUCGAGCCAUUUUUUUCUGCCUCGAGUAACCGAUAAUUUACGUAUACACUGUCAGGAAGAAGUCAAGCCAACCUCAACAUUUGUACAUGCUAUACAUGACAGUAACACGCUGACAACGCAGUAAGAAGGCCAGCUUUAAAAUAAACCAUAUGAUGUCAAUGCCCAAAGGGCGCUUUUAUUUUGAAGUUCCUGGCAGCGUGUCGCCCCAUAACAGCUACCGGUAUUUUGAAUUAUUUUCCAGACUGUGUUGGAGGGAGGGGGGGUCGUUUAUGACCGUCACAAACCUUUGCUUCCAAUGACGUUUUCCCGAAAAAAUGUUAAGUCACCAAUUAAAGGCGCAAAGAAAAAACAACUUAA